AAGCAAACUUUUGUAGAAAAAUAUAAAUUCGAAGAUUACUCCAAUUAUUUCAAAGAUAUUCAGAAUACAUCAAAUAUGGUUACAUAUGCUCAGUAUAUGCCUCAACAAAUUUAUAAUUUUCCAAUUACAAUCAACGAUUGGAACCCAAUAAUAACAGUACCAACAUCUUUGUACACAACUGUACAAGUACCAUUUGUAACCAUAAGUCCACAAAUUAUAAAUACAGCAGUUGCUCCAUCAUUAUGUUUUUGUGGUACAGCAAUUGCUGAACCUAUAAUACCUAUUUCUCCAACUAUAUCAGAAGUACCAAUACCAGAAAAUUACUAUGAACUAGUAAACUAUAAGCCUGAAAUUAUAAAAUGCAUAAAUAACAAUGCUAACGCAACCCAAGAAGUAGCAGAUACCAAAUUGACACCAACUGAAUCAACCAAUUCAGAUGGAAUAGAAGAGUCAAUAGAAAACUAUCUAAGACUGCCGAAGGAAUUAUUUCCUACCGCAAGAAUGUUUACAAUCGAUCCAAAUCAAAUCAUAGAUGUAUUUUGUAAUCAGGAAGAUAUAAGCGACCAUACGCCUUGGAUACUAGAUCUGGAAUUUGGAUUGCCCAGAGUAGCUGUCACAAGACAUAUACCUAUUUAUGAUGUGCAGUUCAAUAGUAUACAUUGUAAGAACACACCAAGUGCAAUACAUCCAGGAUUCGAAAGAUGCAAUAAAGGAUUCAAAAGAGAGUUGCUAUUUUAUUAUGAUUGUAUCGUAUCCACUUGGUAUAAAGGUUUUGUCGCAAUGAAAAAUGACACGUCCGUGAAGAAUUUCCAGACAUGGUUACUUAAGGCGAUGCAAGUUUUUGGAAUGUGUUGGCCAUAACACGCAUGCGAUGGCCAAUAUUUUGUAAAUAUGCAAU